UGCUGCAAGCCUGUUGGAAGCCGGCAAAACACGCCCGGACAUGGGUCGCAAUGGAAGACAAAUCUUCUGGUCCGCUCGGUGCCAUGACACAAGCCGUUGUGCUACUUCAUAGCAUGUUCUGGAGAUGAGGCGCUGUCUGUUAGGAACGAUGGUUAAUGAGGGUGUCUUGCGUGAGACAAGAUGAGGCUGAAGAAAUUGGGGUCCGAUUCGCUGCUAAAUUCAGCACGUGCAGCGCACCUUGCUUCGUCAGAAGCUCAGCCUGGUCGAACACCAACACCCUUCUUUACAUCCUAUGUCCUACCUUCUAAGAUAUUUGCAACAGUGUGAGCGGUCCGAUUCUUCUCUAUUCGUGCAUCAUCCCCCGCCUCAGAGGCUUUUCCUCAAUGUCAGGCUUCGAAAUCGCCGGGGUGGUCCUUGGAUCGCUUCCCCUCAUCAUCAGUGCAUUAGAGCACUACGCCGAAGGAAUUGCGACAGCAAAACGCUUCUGGAAAUACAAAACGGAGUUGAGGUCUCUCAUCCUGCAAGUCAACACCGAGCGUGGGAUAUUCAUCAACACUCUAGAGCAGCUGCUCACAGGUAUUGUCCGAGGAGAGCACAUGGACGAUUUUCUCUCCAAUCGCGAUCUUUGGAAGGAAAAAUAUGUAGACGCAAAGUUAAAAUCGCGCCUGAGAGGCGCGUAUGAUAUCUACCUUGGCAAUGUCCGGGGCAUGGAAAUUGAGUUAAGGAAGAUGAUGGAGAAGCUCGUUUUAGGCCCCGAUGGAAAGCCUCAAUUCACCGACCCUAGCACAUUCAAACAGGAAUAUCGGCGACUGAAGUUUAGCAUCAGUAAAUCUGAAUAUUCAGAUGUCCUCAAAAAUCUCAAGAAUUACAAUCAACAGUUGACCCGCUUAACGAAGCAGUCCCUGGAGCUAGAGCCAACUCGAUCCACCGAGAACAAAAAUCGAUGUCCCAAUUUCAAGGCUUUUCAAAGCUAUGCGAGGAGCCUGUAUACAACCCUCAAAUCAGGCUGGCGUUGCGGAUGUCCGGGCCAUGCCGUUAACCUGCGAUUAGAGAACAGGAGCAACAAACUCGCAACCGAGGAUGAAAUUCUGGAAAAGACGCCUUUCCGGGUGAUCUUCUCCUAUACCACCAGCUCAGAGGCCUCGGCAUCCAUGUGGGACUGGAAAGAGGCUGAUAUCAGAUGGAUUGCGGAUACACCCACACAACGCACGCCAUUAUUGCCAUGUGCGCAUAACGCUAUAGGUCCCGGCACUAAACGGAGGGUACGGUUUGAGCAGAUCGGUAUUCAAGUCCAAACCACAACAGGAUCAACGGGAACAACGAUAGUUGCAUCAAAGCGGUCGACGCCCUCCAGCCCGGCGUAUAGCCAAAUACAGGAUCUCUGCAAGACGAUAGCCAAGCUGCAGCAGCCAUACCAAGAGCUUUGCAUCGGCUACCUCCUUGACAGCGUACAGAGAAAGCAUGGCAUAUAUCUGCUAGACCCGCCUAUAACAUGCCAACCGCAGCAAUGGGCAACGUACUCACUCAAAGAAGUACUCGCCCGGAAUCCCAAUGUGAAGCGGCGGUUGACUCAGCAAGACAAGCUCCGAGUUGCCGUGGAUUUAGCCUCGAGCGUUCUGCAACUGUAUAAAACUCCGUGGAUAGAAGAACAGUUGGCGAAGGACGACGUUUUCUUUAUACACCGACCAGGGGCCUCGCUUUACGACCAUCCAUAUGUCUGCCGCAGAUUCACACCCCAAAUAACCACGGGAACGCCGUCGACACCCGGGUCGGCACCGUCGUGCAGAGUAAUCCGCAACCAGACGCUCUUUACUCUGGGCAUCCUCCUCAUCGAGCUUUGGUACGGAAAACCUAUUGAGGCACUCAGUAUGCCUAGCGACCUAGACUGCCGGGGGACGCCAGGCGUUGAAUGGUGUACUGCAGAUCGGAUUGUGGAAAAUGAGAUUGAAUUUGAAGCAGGAAAAUGUUACUCAGAGGCCGUAAGACGCUGUAUCAGGUGCGACUUCGACCGAAAGGAUAUGAGUCUUGAGAACGAGAGUUUCCAACAGGCGGUAUACGAUGGGGUGGUGGCGCUGCUGGAGACAACAUUGCAGCAGUUCACCGGGAGCAGCCUCGAUUGAAGAUAGGAAACUAGUAGCAACUUGGUGCACGAACAAGACGGAAUGAUGGCUUGAGCUUGUUACCAGAGCCAUCCAAACAGCCCAAAGGGUGCAAAUGAAGGCGACGUAAUGCAUGAAGUGUUAGGUCCACCUCCAGGAUCGUCAUGAGCAGCGAUUCUUUGUGUAUCGUCAUUACUGUGCAUCGGCCGCAUGAAUAACGG